UCGAGGUAGUGGUGGCGUGCGUGAGCACCCGCCGUAUAUUCAGGAAGUCGUGAUAGAUAGUCUCGGUCGAGAAGGUUAUUUACGAUUCCGGGACCGAGUCUAAGCGUAAAAACUCUUUCGGCGAGGUUUCACCGGGAGGGAAUCUCUCUGGCGCGUAUCGUAGCCACAGUUCAAGGCGCGAGAUCUUAAACGGCGUACGGGGAAGACGGUGGUGUGUUUUUCAUGGCGAUCAGUUCAACAGGAAGGUGCUGUACGGUGCCACCGAUGUACGAGAUGCGACAAAGGUGAAGGUGGUGCUUGCCGGACCUGACCUGCCCGAGAGAAUCAUCACGAGAAACAUAGCUUCUCGUAUUACUCACACAUCCAACACACACACCGUGCGUCACCGCCCAUAUGUGAUGUGUUUCGUGCGUGCGAGCGAAUGAGUAAUCAUGUACUGUCAGGACAAGGGCUCGACCGCCUCGAAGAGCAAAGAGGUUGCUAAAGAUUGCGCUUAUUAUGCAUAGGGUCUGUGACAAUGCGAGAGAAGAAGGGAGGUGCUCUUAGCAGAGUACAAAAGCUGAAAAAACGACUUAGCCACAGUUUUGGGAGACUUUCAAUAUCAAAAGAAGAGGCUGAUGAUGUUACAAACCGGGGUCAGCUGCCAUAUAAUGGCUAUUCCGAGGAGUUCCUAGACCGUUUAGAACCAAACGGUAAUAUACCUGCAGAUAAGGAUCGUCGUUACGAAUGGACAGGUGUGGGCGACCAUGAGAGAGUGCAUCGGCAGCUUUCCGUUUCUAGUGAUUCCAAGCUUCUUGACGAGGAUAUACGUGAAGAAGCUAGAGUUAUCUUGCGACCUCGACGUCCACCACGACCAAAGUCGGAGGUUUUCCUUGGGCCGGAUCCACCUCCCAGAAGAACCAAAAGAUUUUCAGCAUUUGGGGGAGAUUCUCCUUUUGGUAAAUCUGAAGCUUAUAUAAAACUGGAACAAUUAGGAGAAGGAUCAUAUGCCACAGUGUUCAAAGGCUAUAGCCACCUUACAAAUCAAGUGGUGGCACUUAAAGAAAUUAGACUGCAAGAGGAAGAAGGUGCUCCAUUUACUGCCAUUCGCGAGGCAAGCCUUCUUAAAGAAUUGAAGCAUAGCAAUAUUGUAACCUUGCACGAUAUUAUUCAUACACGUGAGACUCUUACGUUCGUUUUUGAAUAUGUUCAUACUGACUUAUCUCAAUAUAUGGAGAGGCAUGGAACUGGUAAUGGAGGUUUAGAUCCACGAAACGUUAAACUGUUUCUGUUUCAAUUGUUAAGAGGACUAGCGUAUUGUCAUCGGAGGAGAGUACUACACAGGGAUGUUAAACCGCAGAAUUUAUUGAUCAGUGAAAUAGGGGAAUUGAAACUAGCGGAUUUUGGUCUUGCAAGGGCUAAAUCUGUACCGUCGCACACAUACUCCCAUGAAGUUGUGACCCUAUGGUAUAGGCCACCCGAUGUUCUUUUGGGGUCCACAGAGUAUUCUACCUCGCUUGACAUGUGGGGAGUAGGUUGCAUAUUUAUGGAGAUGUUGACUGGUGAACCAACAUUCCCAGGUGUACGCUGUACGUACGACCAACUUGAUAAAAUAUUCAAAGUAUUGGGCACUCCUACCGAAGAAACUUGGCCUGGGGUCACACACCUGCCAGGAUACAAACCACAUAUACUGGGAUGCUAUCCUCCAGAAAAAUUGGGUCUUUCGUUUCCUAGACUCUAUGAUAUUGCUGAAGCUGAUAGUAUGGCAUCAUCGCUUCUGCAGCUAAAUCCAGAUCGACGGAUAGGAGCUGAAGAAGCUUUAAGGCAUCCUUAUUUUGCCUCUCUUCCUAGAAAACUAUACGAGUUGCCUGACGAAGUGUCGAUAUUCAGCGUUGAAGGUUGUCAUUUGUAUACAAAUUUGAGGCACGUGUGUGCAGAUUCGCGUCACACAUCUCUUAAGACUUGAGGGUAAAAGUGAACGUAAAAGAAGUAAAUAAUAAGUAAUUCCCAAAAUUCACAUGUUCAGUGAUGAAACGUUCAUUCUCAUACAGAUUCAGAUUCACACGGGCGAGGUACGCCUCGAUUCACUUAAAUAUCAUUUCCACGCGCGUCGUUCGCUCUUUCUCAGGGCUGUUUCACAAAUUCCAAUCAUCGUUCACGUACACUCACAGGACAACACGCAUACACACAGUUAUGAUCUUUCGUUCUUGUUCUACUCAUUGUUUUUCCUCUUUCUCUUUAAAGACUACUACACACGUAUCAAGCGAAGUAUCGAAAGAUUAAUUAUAACUGGCAAAGGAAAUAACGAAAGUAAGCUAUCUGUGGCUAAAUGAAGUAAAAACGAUUUUAUGAGAUUCGCACGCUCGAUUUAGAAAGCAAAAGCACGCACGACCCAUCCUCGCACUUCGUCCAAAUACUAGAUUUAGAUUGAUACCAAUCAAAAGGAAAAAAAAUAAAAAAAGUACUAUACCGCCUUGCGUCUCUCGACCCC